AUGCACCAAGACAACAAGCAAACCUUCUACUUUAGCAGCGAGCCGGCUGGAGCGCAAGGCGGCACUGGCUUCUUGGGGGAGAGCAACCAGAACUACACGACGACGCCGCCCGCGGGACAGGAUGGGCAGACGAUCCCGGCUGAUACGACGGACCACGGUGGCUACAAGGGUGCGCACCCCAUCGCGGCCUUCUUCCACGUCUGCUUCAAGGUAGCGGCGAUUCUGGUCUUCUUGCUAAGCGGCAUCUUUGGCCUCAAGUAUGUACUGGUCCUUGUCAUCACGAUAUUGCUCCUCACCGCCGACUUCUGGACGACCAAGAACGUGACGGGCCGUAUCCUUGUCUCCAUGCGGUGGUGGAAUGAGGUAAAAGAGGAUGGGUCGACUCAGUGGAUAUUCGAGAGUAGCCACGAGGCGGACCAGCGCGUGAACGCGUACGACAACUGGUUCUUCUGGAUCACAACUGGCGCGAACUGUGUGGUCUGGGUGGUGCUUCUCUUCCUGAACUUCCUGUCCUUCAAGCACCUGCCUAUCACCCUCGCUGGGCUUCUGCUCUCUGGUGCGAACUUCCUCGGCUAUUUCAAGUGCCGCCGCGACGCGCAGCAGAAGGUUACCUCCUUCAUGCUUUCCCAGGCGGCGGCCCGGCCACAGGCGGCUGGGCACGUCGCGUCCUUCUUCAUGGGAGGUGGUGGCGGCAACAACACUAACGCUACCCAGAGCUGA